CAGAGUAACUUGUAAGAUGACAGGAACAUCUUCUCCUGGGCAAUAUCUCGAGCAAAGCUACUUGAUCCUCCACUAUGCGCUGUCAGCGUCUACUAUUUCUCUCCGCUGACUGCAUGGCAUGAUGUUGUCACCCGCGUCAUCUGUUGCUACGCUUGUGACGCUUCUCGCGCUCUUUCUGAUUGCUCCGCGGUUGGCCGCGUUUGUCUUCCGCUGUGUUUUCAGGUUGAUUGGAUGGCUCAUUGCCAGGAAAUAUCGGUGGAAGCGGGACCUGUUACGUGCCCGGAUAAAAAUAGAUGAGAAGGAAUAUCAGUUAAGAAGACCCAAAUAUGCGAAGCAGGAAGAUGAGGAUUGGGAGAAAGUCGAAACAGGCGGCAUAGGAACCGCUUCUCACGCGGAUGCUGCGGAGGACGAUUGGGAAGGCAUCAUAGGAUUUUUUCAUCCAUUCUGCAAUGCUGGUGGAGGGGGUGAACGUGUCCUCUGGGCGGCAGUAAGAGCCACACAAAAACGCUGGCCGAAAGCUAUAUGCGCGAUCUACACAGGGGAUAAUGACCUGAAUAAGACCACGAUGCUUGAAAGAGUUGAGAACCGUUUCAAUAUCCGCCUCUACCCUCCAACGAUUGUAUUCUUGUAUCUUUCAACCCGCAGAUAUGUCCUCAGCAGCUUAUAUCCCCGUUUUACUCUCCUUGGCCAAUCUUUGGGUUCUUUAGUCCUUGGAUACGACGCAUUCACUCUCGUAGUUCCCGACAUCUUUAUCGACACUAUGGGUUAUUCCUUCGUCCUGGCGUUCUGCCACUUCCUCUUCCCCUCGACCCCGACUGGAGCGUACGUCCACUACCCUACUAUAUCGACAGACAUGCUCGACUCCCUUGAUGAUACCUCGGGUACAAAGGGUCUAAACGCUGGCGCAGGAACCGGCUGGAAGGGAAUUGCGAAACGACAAUAUUGGCACGCAUUCGCAAAGCUAUACGGCUGCGUUGGUGGAACAAUUGAUGUAGUCAUGUGCAAUUCAUCCUGGACAUCCUCACAUAUAAACUCUCUCUGGCUCCCCUCACGGCAAAAGCGACGAGAAUUCAAAGAACCCACAGUUGUUUUCCCCCCUGUGGCCGUCUCGGAACUAAAAUCCAUAGAAAUAGAUCUCGCCCAUGAGCGAGAAUCCCGCGACCCAACAAUCCUCUACAUCGCCCAAUUCCGCCCAGAAAAGAACCACGCCCUAAUCCUCCGCGCCUUCUCCCGUUUCCUCAACGAAUUCAAAAAGACCCAUAGUAAAUCCCAACCUAAACAAUCUCCACAGCUCAUCCUCAUCGGCUCCGUCCGCCACUCCAGCCCAGACGAAACCCACAUCUACAAUCUACGCCUACUUGCCCACGAGCUCAAAAUCCGCGACAACACCACCUUCCUCUGCGACGCCAGCUGGCCCACCAUCCUUGCCCACCUCCGCCGCGCCUCCAUCGGCGUCAACGCCAUGUGGAACGAGCACUUCGGUAUCGGCGUGGUCGAGUACCAGGCGGCGGGCCUGAUCAGCGUCGUGCAUGACUCUGGCGGGCCUCGCCAGGACAUCGUUGUCGAUUUGGGGGAGGGCGGGACGGGCUUUCGGGCUACGACGGAGCUGGAGUUCGCGGCGGCGUUUGAGGCGGCGUUGGCGCUGCCGGAGGAAGAGAGGGUAGCGAUGAGGUUGCGGGCGAGAGAGUCGUCGAGGAGGUUUUCGGAUGAGAUGUUUGCGGAGAGGUGGGUGGAGGAGAUGGAGAAGUUGGUUGGAUUGGAGAGGAAGAGGAAGAGUGGGGGAGGGGAGAAGAGGUAAGAACUAUUAUUUGGUCAAUGGAUUAAGUUCGGUUCUUUGUAUCUGUUAAUGCGGAUCGCAAAGAUUUUCGGAAAAACUCAUAGAAAUAUAUUGCUCUUUCCCUCCCCCCCAAACAGAAGAUUCUUCCUUCAUGUAUUUUUACCAGGCCGUAUUUACUACGACGAAUUAUUUACUAUAGAUCUAUCUACAUUGAACUCGAAAUUUCGAUACGUUAUGAAAUGUGGUUUACAAUAUAUAUAGCAGGCGACACUCCCCCUACCCUUCCCCCUCUUUGAAGGCUGCAAUGUUCACGACUCUAUAUAUCGCUAUCAACAUGGAGAAACUCCCCACCCACGAUGCAAGAUAGUAAAUAUAAAGUCAUGCUACCUAUCCUCUCAUUUCACCGCGUUGGUUCAAUCCACUCCUUCUCCAGCAAUCAAAUACAUGCACAGGCUCCAUUGUAAUACCUAAAUAAUAAAAAACGUUCGGAGAAGACGUAAAUAACGUAGACU